UAAAGAGUGACGGACCCUGGUCAUUUUCAUUCAUCUUAAUCAUAAUUACUUGACAAGUAUGCUUACUGUAUAGUAGUCAUAAGGGCUUAUUUUAAGACUUCAAGCCUAAUUUAGCACGGUGAAGAUUUUUGUGACAAUGGACUUCAUAAAACAACCCGCAUAUCACUUAGAGUAUAAAAAUAAGGGAGGAAUCGCCGAUGCAUAUACAGUGCGAUUGUCUCUGAGAAAGAGUGUGUGAUUUGCCGUGGGUGCUCCAACCGAAGACCAUGUCUGUAAGGAAAGGGCACGCCGAAUUGUUCGCAAGUUUGAGCAGCCAGUUCAGUUUUCUUCGGCAUAAAAGUUUCGAACAAGAGCUAGAAGAUGACAAUAUCGACGAUGACAUUCUACAAACUGAGAUUGAAGCCCAGGCUCAAGCGGAGAAAUCAUGCCAUGAAAAGCUGGUUGAGGUAUUGGAAAGCAACCCUAUCCAGGUCGCAAUCUGCAUUCUGGUCCUGAUUGAUGCCGUUCUCAUGGUGUCAUUGCUCAUGCUGGACGUCCAUAUAGUGCAAGCGAAAUGCAAUGCCAAUCAGGAGGACAUCAGCAAGCUGAUUGAUGCCAUUGACUCCAGAAUGCCGGGGGCCCUGGCACACGUGCACGGUGCGGAUGUCACCUUGAGCGAUAUCAUCAACUCUCUUCAUGGCGAGACCAACAGCUCGCACGGUUCGUCCAGCCAUAGCGUUCACAAACGAGAUUUAAGCUCUGUCGCCCAUCUACUUGAUGCUGUCCAAGAGGGCGCAGAAACUGUUAUGGGAUCGUCCAGCUCCGAAGGCGGAAUCUUUUUACGUAGACUACUGUACAAAGAGGAAACACAGGGUGAUAACGAUAGUACAUUAGAGGUCCAUGUAUCUUCAGAUAAAUUAGCUGCUAAUGAGAGUCACUCCAAAGAUGCACACGGAGACGGACAUGGAGGACAUAGCCUUAUAGAAAACGUAGCACAUGCCCUGCAUAUCAGCAGUAUUGUUAUACUGGGGAUUUUCUUGGUGGAGGUCAUUUUGAAGUGUUACGCUUUGCGCCUUUCGUACUUCAGGAAGAAAAUGGAGCUAGUAGAUGGCAUCAUCAUUAUCAUAUCCUUCACAGUGGAUGUUAUUUUCUACGACGGGCUGGGUGGACGUUCUGGGGUGGACGCUGCCUCUCUCCUUAUCUUCUUCCUUAUGUGGAGAAUGCUGCGUGUAUUCAACGGUUUCUUGGUGACGUCGAGGAAGAGACUCAAGUUUAGACUGACACUCCAGAUGAGGGCCAGAAAACGCGCCGAAGCCAAAAUUUCUGAUUUGGAUGUUAGAAUUGGUUUCAUGGAGAAAGAACUAGAUAGUCUGCGAUCACUUGCCUCCAAAUAUGGCGCCAAAAAUCACGAAGUGCUCAACUGUAAACCUAAAGCUUCGGUUCACAAAAACGUUACCGCCAAGGAAGGCAUCUCCUCCAUGUUAUGUGCCUCGAUGUCCAUGAUGCACCACUUUGCUAGCAAAGAAAAUGUUGCCAAGAACGAACAGAUGGCUCAAAUCACUGAAAGUGAAGAGGUUAUCGAAGAUGACAACAGCAACAGAAUCAACCCAUUUAUGCUGUCUCCACUGAAGGGAAAGGCGUCUCAGAUGAACACGAAAGACAGUAAAGAGAAUGAGACAACCGUCACUGGAUCAGUUAAACCCGACCCUGUGGAUACCAAUAUCUCUAGCCCCUCUGGGCAGACUAAAGAAGCAUCUGCUUUGAAUGAUGUCAAAAUAGAUAUGGAGGAUCACAGAGAAAAUGAUGCAGAUAUUGUUGCCAACCCUAACGGUAAAAAUGAAUGUAGCGCUACAGACGAUAAAAUAUCGUCGCCUGCUCCACCUCAACCUUCCCCUCAGGCACAGAAAUCGAAGACUCAGGAUCUGAAUGAAAGAAAUGGCACUCUUCCAUCUCAGCAGUCCACCAGGUCACGUGGUGCCUUAAAGCGAACUUCAUCCGUUGAUGACCAAAAUAUGAGCUCAUGUGACGACCAGGGAACGCUUCCGACGUCUGGAGAACCAACCCCGGCACAUCCGCCAGGAGAAGUCGACGGAAGUGAGAACUUGCAGCAAAAAUCUGAUACACAAACACCCAGCGACUGUAAUAAGUUGAACAACGUUGCAGCCAAGAACGCCACAAUACUCACCAACGGAGAUGUGAUAAGCAAUGGGAUGUGAACGACGCAAAAGUGAUAUGCCAAUGCAGAAAAAGUUAUAUAUUUAUAAAUAAUAUUUUUCACUAUAUUGGUCUUCCAUUUGCAAAGCGAACGUUUACGUAAAUUCUUUGCAUUGGAUUUUACGGUCAAGAUUCUUAUGAUAUUCUGUGAUCAAAUACUUUUCAGAGUUUUUCACAUUCUCGUCUUUUAUUCACCCUGCCGUGUGAGGACUCUUUGCAGUGGCAAGGGUUUAGUGAAAUAGCAUACAAAGAACAUUAAUUCAAAAUAUUCUGAGAACUCAGGGUAUGUGUAUUUUAACUCUGCCAUGCCAUACACGCAAAAAAAAAAAAAAAAAAAAAAAAA